GGAGGUGAAAUCAUCCUUUUGUGACUGUGGUGUUUGCAGGAGAGGAGGAGGUGUGAGAAGUCAUGGCUGGACGGAGGAGAUCCAGUUUCUUGGGCGUGUUCAUCACCGCUGCGCUGGCUGUGGUGCUGCUGCCCGCGUUCCUGUCUGCUGGACCAAUCGGGCUAAAGGCCAAAGGAGAUGCGGGGGAAAGUAUCCAGGAGAGGGCGACUGCUGCAGCGUCACAGCGGAGUCUGGUCCGCAACCGCAGGAACAUCAGCUGGUACAAACAGCACUCCGACUUCUGGAACUGGUACAAGUUCUUCACUGACAACGGCAACCAGGAGGCAGUUCACGAGAUGGACCGCAUCUACCUGGCCUACCUCCAGAACAAGAACCGCGCCGAGGGCCGUCGCUCCUACAAGGCCUACCUGCGCCACCUGGGGGAUAUCUACAAGUCCUGCGCAGAUUCCGACGACCCCAACUGCGUGUCCGCCUACACCAGCAGGCCCAAGCCAAAACCAGAGGCCCCCAAGCCUGCACCGGUAAAAACCUGUGACCCCACCAAGGAUACCUACUGCCUGUAUGCUGCUCUGAUCCAGGGCAAGAGCCCCUACCAGCCCCUGGUGCUCCCAGCGGCAGCCUCUGCCCCUGCUGCAGCACCUGCCAAGGCCCCAGCGCCUAUGUAUGUCCGCUCUGCUCCGGCAAAGGACCCACAGUCUGGGUAUCAGUACUACGCUCCAUCCUCAACACCUUUCCUCUCCAAGGAGCAGAAGGCUGAGCUGCUGCGGAUCUGCGCGUCUGAAGACGUGGAGUGUCUGCAGUACCACCUGAGAGCUGCCUACGGGUACGCACCCUCCGCCGGGCCCCUGCCGUCCUACGCCCACCUCGGCUGUGAUCCCAAGAAAGACCCCUCCUGCAAACCCAAGCUGGUGCAGAAAGCCCCCUCUGGCGUCUACCUGCAGUACCCCAACUGUGACCCCGUCAGGGAUCCCGCCUGUGCCUACGCAGCCUCCCUCGUGGCCCCCCGUGCUCCUAAACAACCUACCCCUGCUGGCCCUGGAUCCUGCAACCCUCUUUACGAAGAGGGCUGCAACCCCCUUAGCGCCACCAGAUUCGCCAACCCCCCACACUCGUACAAAAACGAAGAGGCAGAUGAAGCCGCCGCCAUCCGUGCCGCCCCUCCAGCAGCUGAGCAGAACGACCCCUAUGCCAUGUUCAGGGAUGCUUAUGCUCAGGCUAACAGAGGUUCUGAUCCUUAUGCGAUGUACCACCAGGCUCCAGCUGCUCCUCCAGCUUCUCCUGCAGCUUCUCCUCAGGCUAACGACCCAUAUGCUCUUCUGCGCCGCUACAUGGCCCAAGCUCAACAAAAUGACCCCCAUUCUCCACGCAUGGAGGCGGCCCCAGAGUCCAACCCCAACGAUCCUUUCUCUGCAAUCCGUGAGGCGGCGGCUGCCAUGCAUCGCCGUGGUCCUUCCAACCCCAGGCAGCAGAUCCCGUUCUCCAACCCCAGUUAUGAGGAGCCUGCCCACGAGGAGCGCCACCCUCUGGGCCCCCCAGGUAAGACCAAGGAGGGCUAUGAAUGCUUCAUCGGCUACGACCAGGAUUGCUUCCCCGUGAAGCCCACCGAGCCUCGCUCUGGAGUUCACCGCCACAUGCCCUACCCUGCCGAGGCCUACGAGCCCCACCUGAAUGCCGACGGCACACGAAGCGGCGUCAUGGAGCCGUCCAACCCCGACUGUGACCCCGAGUACGACAGGGACUGCCGCCUGCGUCGCUACGAGCCUGAGCAGCCCCAUGUCGAGGCCCAGCCCGAGCAUCACGCCGAGGAGGACCACAGCCAGGGGGCAGCAGAGAGGGAGUAUCAGCCAGAGCAGCCGGAGCAGGAGCAGUACGAGGCGGAGCCCUACCAGAGCGGCCAGGAGGAGCCUCACAUGUCCUACCCUUCGAUGUCCUACCCUCAGAUGUCCUACCCUCAGAUGUCCUACCCUCAGAUGUCAAACCCUCAGAUGUCAAAGGGGAUCCCGAGCCUGCAGGACAUCCUGAGGCUCUACGGAGACCAGAGCCCCGAGCAGGAUGAUCGCAGAGCUUACGCAGGCGACUACCGCAAGAAGUAAACACACAAACACAGUCAUGCAUGCAGAUGGACAUGAAUACACAGUCCCGUGCGUUCUUGUAGCUUAGCCCAUGACCGCCUCACACAGUGCACAGCCAGUCCAGACUGGACCAGAUAAGGGACACAUGAGAAGUCUAUGGACCCAGUGAGCAAGCACAUGCACGUGCAUCCACACAAAGCUUCCAGCUGUUGGGAGCGCGCUCAGAAAGCUGAGGGAGUUCCAGCAAAGUUUUCAUCUCUGUAGCUGCUUCACAUCUGUUGCUUUGCUUUUUUUCCAGCUUCCACCUCAA